GCACCAACAUUCUUUGGGUGAGAGCGCACCUGUGGUACCUGGACAAGCGGUUUGCGUUUAGUUGUAGACCAGCGGCUAAACUAGGAACUGCUUAUUACGGUACUGCAAAGGUACGGUUUUAAUUUAGUGCGCCUGAUACACAUAUCGACUUUUCUCUUUAGUUAUUCAUUAAAAAAAUGCGGUACUUUGCUUUGGUCUGUGCGGUACUGGCUGCCACUGUUUCAGCUACCCAAGUUAGCCAAUGUGAAAAUGGAAAAAUUGAAAACCUCUCCAAAAACGUACAAAUAGGCAACUGUAACAAACCACCUUGUAGAUUAAGAAAAAACACCAAAAUACCUUUGAGCUUUAAAUUUCAAGCAGGUCCUGAAAUCAAGAGCUUAACUCAACAAGUCAAUGCCAAUAUCGUCGGUAUCCCGUUCCCAUUCGUUGGUGUAGAUGGUACAUCAGUUUGCGAUAAAAUAUACGAAGAAGACGGUACUACCAAAAACAAUUGUCAGUUCGAGAAAGGAAAAACAUACGUAUACAAAAACGAAAUUGACGUUUUGCAGAUAUACCCAAGGAUUAAAACAGUAGUUCACUGGGCUUUGGCUGACACAUCAUCUGGAAAGAAUGCCAUCUGCUUUGAGGUUCCAGCAAGAAUAACAAAUUAAUUUAUUUUUUAUUUAUACAAUUUUCUAUCGUAGGUUAAACUAUUUUAAUAAAAAUAUUAUUUUUACAUAUA